UUGUUUUUUCCCUUUUGAAGCGUACGUCAAUCUAUUUAUUUAUUUCUUUUGCAGUUCAGGGUUCCCUACUCUCUCUCUCUCUCUCUCUAUAUAUAUAUAUAUAUAUAUAUCUAUUUAUCUAUCUCUAUCUUUUCAUCUCUCUAAAAGCUAGCUACUUCGUUUUUCCUCAAAGAAGAAGGAUGGAGACCUUACCUGAACCAAGAAACAAUAACCUACCCAACUUCUUCCUCUCUGUUAGGCUGAAAUACGUGAAGCUUGGUUACCACUACUUGGUCUCCAAUGCGUUGUACCUCUUCUUCUUUCCUCUCUUCACCAUUAUAUUAACUACUCAUCUCUCAACAUUCACCAUUGACGAUUUCAUUGAGCUAAGCAAUCACAUGAUCAAAUACAACUACAUGGUCUUCAUCCUGGUACUUAUUUCUUCUGUUUUCUUGGCCACCCUUUACUUCAUGAGCCGUCCAAGAAAGGUUUACUUAGUAAACUUUGCGUGCUACAAACCAGACCAGUCUCAAAUAUGCAGCAAAGAGCUUUUCAUGAAGCUCUCUAAAGAGGCAAGGUGCUUCACCGAAGAAAAUAUAAGUUUCCAAAAGAAAAUCCUGGAGAGGUCAGGUUUUGGACAAAAGACAUAUGGACCCAUAGCCUUGAUGCAAGAAAACCCUACCCAGUGCAUGGCUGCGUCGAGGAAGGAGACAGAGACAGUGAUGUUUGGAGCCAUUGAUGAACUGUUGGAAAAAACUGGAAUAAAGGCUAGAGAUAUCGCCAUUCUAGUAGUCAACAGCAGUUUGUUCAAUCCAACUCCUUCUCUUUCUGCUGCCAUUGUGAAUCGUUAUAAGCUCAGAGGAAAUAUCCUGAGCUACAAUCUUGGGGGUAUGGGUUGUAGUGCUGGUCUCAUCUCUAUCGACCUUGCAAAGCAACUUUUACAGGUGAAUCCAAACUCUUAUGCCUUAGUGGUUAGCACAGAGAACAUAACCCGGAACUGGUACUUCGGUAACUAUCGUCCCAUGCUCGUGACGAACUGCUUGUUCCGUGUGGGCGGUGCAGCAAUCCUUCUCUCCAACAAGUCAUCAGAUCGUCGGCGGUCGAAGUAUCAGCUUAUUCACACUCUCCGUACACAUAAAGGCGCCGACGACAGAUCUUACAAGUGUGUUUUCCAGGAAGAAGAUGAAAACCAAAACGUCGGCGUUUCACUGUCAAAAGACCUAAUGGCUGUAGCCGGAGAAGCUCUUAAAACCAACAUCACCACUCUGGGUCCACUGGUUCUACCCAUGUCGGAGCAACUCCUUUUCUUGGCAACUCUUGUAGCAAGAAAGUUCCUGAAGAUGAAGGUGAAGCCAUACAUCCCUGAUUUCAAGCUAGCUUUUGAACAUUUCUGUAUUCAUGCAGGAGGGAGGGCGGUAUUGGAUGAGAUAGAAAAAAACCUUGAACUCACUCCAUGGCAUAUGGAGCCUUCUCGAAUGACUUUAUACAGAUUUGGGAACACUUCUAGCAGUUCUUUGUGGUAUGAACUGGCUUACUCGGAGGCCAAAGGAAGGAUCAGAAGAGGUGACCGGAUUUGGCAAAUCGGAUUCGGGUCGGGCUUCAAGUGUAACAGCGGUGUGUGGCGUGCGCUGAGAUCCAUCAACCCUGCUAAAGAAAGGAACCCUUGGAUGGAUGAAAUCGACGAGUUUCCCGUUGACGUGGCAAAAACUUCCACAAUUAAUAAUUAAUACCACAUUUAAUUAGCUAUCUCUGUUCUUUUUGCCUUUUUUAUUUUUAUUUUUAUUUUAUUGGUAUUUGUUAUGCUUAAUUUUAAGGUACAUGUGCAAGUUUCAAUUAUGUCAUCGUCUUAAUUAAGCUACUCCAGCGAUUACAUGCGCAAAA